CCUGAAGGACACAGCAGGCAGGAAGUCACUAGUUUGAUGGUGUUAACGGGUGGACGGGUCGUGUUCUGGGUCCAACAGGUUCUGGUCGGUUUGUUGUCAGUAAAAUGACAUGGCUACGUUUAUCCCAGCAUGUGAGGACACUUUACCGAACUGUUGUACUCUGUGUUCUCUGUCAAGUUGCCCACAGUGACCUGGUGGUCUCUCCAGCUGGUCUCACUCAGAUAAACAUCUUAGCCGGCAGCACCGUGACCCUGGCUGUGUCCUACAGUGGUGCCACCAACCCAGCCAUUGUCUGGAAAAUGGGAAGUGUCCCUGUCGUCACCUGGACUAUUAACUCCACCACUCCACCGGACAUACCUGUAAACAACAGGGAUGUGCUGACGGUGAUGGCAAACGGAUCCCUUACUUUUGUAAAUGUGUCGGUUGAAUAUACAAACAAUUAUACUGUUGAAAUGACAAAGUCUGGACAGGGGACGGCUUCUGCAACGUUCACACUCAAGGUAUUUGAACACAUAGAGAAUGUAACUGUGGACCUACAGCCUGACUUUGCCUCAGAGGGAGCAGAUCGCUUCACUUUACAGUACACUAUGCUGAGAGGAGUGGUGGAGGAGCAGACGUGGUUUUUUAAGGGGACGGAGAUAAAAAACAAUUCUCACUACUUGGUGGAGCAGAGAAGCCUUGUGGUCCUUAAACCAAACAGGAGCGACACAGGACAGUACAGUGUGGUUCUAAAAAACCCCUUCAGCACAGUGACAACACAGAAGACUGUCACAGUGCUGUAUGGCCCAGAUGAACCCAUCCUUGAGGCCAGUCCAGCUCAGCAGUUUUACAUUUCUGGAGAUUCCCUUACCCUCUCCUGCAAGACUGAGGGUUUGCCACAGCCGGUUCUAAAGUGGGUCUUCGGUGGUGAGCCUGUUUCUGGUUCUGUCGGAGGAAUCCUGAAUCUGACCAACGUGCAAACAAACCAGUCAGGCAUAUAUAACUGCACAGCGAUCAAUGAAAAGACCAAACUGCAGCGACAGAAGAGCAUGAAUCUAAAGGUUUAUGAGAAACCAGAGGGGACCCCGAUGUGCUCUGUUCACUCUGUGAAUAACACUGACCUGCAGUAUGACUGUCAGUGGUCUGGGGGAUCCCCGCAGGCACAGCUGUCUUUUCCAGCGCUAAGUAACAGCAGCAGUGGGAUGGGACAUCUCAGCCUGACUGUCAGCGCUUCAGACAGUCUCGACGGGACACCUGUCUCCUGUACGGCAGAUCAUCCAAUUGAAAAAAAUGAGUGCAAUAUUACCGCAAGUCGUCCAGCGGAGUUCCUGCCAUCUAUGAGAACUACAGUUAAUUCUGAGGGCAAAAUAGAGGUAACUAUCACCUGUCUCAGUGAGGCCUCACCCAAAACUGUGGUGUCAUGGUCCAAAGGCAACGAGACUGUCAGCAGCGGGUCAACAUACCAGAUCAGCAGCAACACCACUCAGCUCGACAUCCAACAUUACAAUGUCAGCAACUUUCUCCUCCACAACUACACAUGUACCUGUCGCAAUCCACUGGGCUUCCAGAAAAGAGGAAUUCAGCUACAGGGCCCGUCCAUCUCAGAUUCCAAUUUGUUUCCAAACCAAGAUGGAACAGUCGUCACUUUGACUUGGGAGGUCCCGCCCACUUCUGUUGUUACAGGGUUUGACGUCCAGAUGAAAGGACCUGAACUCCAGACUCAAAGUCGUAACGACACCAAAACCAGAGGCAGCUCAGACGUAUUUACCACCAUCCUGCUGAAACCUGGUUCAGCUCGGAGCGCAGACAUCCUUUUUCUGGACCCAGACCGGACUUACAGGUUCCGCAUAAUCCCUAAAGCCCGUUCGACUGAAGGAGAGCCGUCCAAGGUCCACAGGAUCCGUCCAGGGGAUGGGCUGAGUGGUCCGGCCAUCGCUGGCAUCGCAGCAGGCAUUCCCUGCAGUCUCCUGUUUCUAAUCCUGCUGGGCGGUUUCAUCUACCUCUGCUUCUACUGCCACAAAAACAAAAGUCAGCUGGGAAGAUAUCCUAAAACCAGAGCCCAUGAAACGGUGAUAAAAAACAAAUCCGACCCGAGCCCUCAUAACCUGCUGGCAGGAGGGCUGAAGCCUCCUCCUGAUUAUAACCGAUUACAUCAGACUCCAUCUGAACGAUCAGUCACUCUCCCCUCCUUUGUCCCCCCACCACCCGUCAGAGUGGCUACAACUGUGUAACUCUCAAUUUUAUUUGUAUUUUUAAUUUUGCACAGUAUGUGUUGUAUUUUAAUUUAUAUUUUCUAUUUGUAUAAUUGUUUUUAAGAAAAGGAAAUACGCUGUUAUAUACUAUAAACACAGAUCAUUGUACUGCUUUUCUGGAGAAUCAAACUUUUAUUUUUUUCAUAAGUUUGCGACACGUUGAAGUUUAAGGUAGUUUUAGUAAGAAUACCAGACUGUAUAACCACCGCUGUAACCAGAGCAAAAUGCCUACAGCAGGGGUGUCCAAACUUUUUUUAAAGAGGGCCAGAUCUGAUAAUGUGGACAUUGCCAGGGGCCAGUGGUCCCUUUGGAAAUUUUUUAAACAGUAAAAAUUACAUAUAAAUGCGCUGU